GCGGCGGGACGCGAGGAGAGCCGAGGCACGGGGCAUGGAGCAGUACUUCUCGGCCACGCAGAAGAUGGAGCAGGAGGUGAUGUUCCCCAGCCUGCUGCGAGGGGUCUUCCCGCAGGACGGCGCCGACCCAGCUGCCGGCGGCCCCGCAGACCUGUAUGAGCGCUACCAGCUCCUCAAGGCCAUCAAGCCCGUGGUGGAGCGAGGCCUGGCCUCCGUCACCGAUCAGAGCCCCACCGGCAAUGCUGAAUCCGACACGGCCCCAGAUGGCGGGGCGGAGGAGGGCGGGAACCCGCGGGACGGGCGGCCGCGGGGGGUGGCGGCGGGUCGGGGAGGGGCGGAGCGGCGCCGCCCGCGUCCCGAGUGGAGCUGGGGGGGCGGCGAGGAAAUGUUUCCUAAUCGUGGAAUCACGGAACAGCCUUGUUUGAAAAGGAUCCUCUGGUUUCAACCUCCUUGCCGUGGGCAGGUUGGCCAAAUGACAUCCAAUGUGAACCUCUUCUGA